AUGGUAUCAUUCGCUAACGUCCUUAAGCCGCAGGCUAGUGAUGAGAGCGACGAGGGCCGGGCCAGUACUGAAGUUGAGAAGGAUUCUGGUGGGAUUGGUGAUGGAGAGGGCAGCAGCGGUCGCCGUAACAGCAAACCCUCUCUCACAUUUCUCGAGGCCGUACUUGGUCUCAAUGGCGUUGGCUUUAGAGGAACUGAAGUCCCGAUCAGGUUUAUGUCUAAGAAGUUAGUCCGAUCAGAGGAGUAA